AUGCAAAGCUUCAGUCUUAUUGAUUCUUUUAGCUUAGGUUUCGGCCCAAUAUUCUUUAAGACAUCAAAGGAAAUAAUAGAAUUGCCCAGUGGCAGAAGUGAUUGUUCUGGGUCUGUCAAAACAAAGAGAACCAUGCAGGAACCCGGCUUGAAGGCUGUUGACAGCAAAAAUAAGAUGGUGAAAUUUUUGUUGAGGCAGGCUGAUACUUUGGUGUUUAGAGCGAUUAAUGUGGGAUAUAAGUUGGCAGAUAUAUCAGCAAAAGUGCAGGAGUUUCUAGGAGCAAUAAGUUGUAUGUAUAAGAGUAAGAAGUUUAUUAAUCCAGUAGAGGACUUUAGGAUCAAGGAGAGAUAUAGUACUAGUGGAGGUGGGUUUUCAUACUAUGAGGAGACCAGGGAGUUAUAUAAAUUAAGGUUUGGGGAUGUGCAAAGGAGGUCAGGAAUGUUGUGGAUAAGGAUAAGAAAAGUGAAGAAUGACCCUUUUGCAAAUGGCAAGUUUGUACUAAUUGAAUUAACAGGAAGGUGGAGAAAUGUCAGCGUCUGUGGUUUCAUUAGUAAUAAAACAUAUGGUGGAUCAUGCGAAGCUGCAGGUCGGUUUUCAUCUCAUAGUUUGAGGAUAGAAGGUGCAACAGAGCUAUGGGAGAGGGAAUGUCUUUAA